UAUUUGUUUACCAUGGACCGUUCUAACAAGCCUUCAGCCAUCGGUGUGGGUGCAUCUGUGCCUCAGCCCACCAUCUCUCUCCGCGACAAUACUGUGGAAGCCACGCUGCCCUCCGGCGAAUCCGUUACGAUCCACCUGUACGGAGCUACUGUCACUUCCUGGAAAUUAGCAAAUGGCAAAGAGCAAUUGUUUGUGAGCGAGAAGGCUCAUCUUGAUGGCUCGAAGCAAUUCGAGGCGGUAUCCCCGUGGUGUUCCCUGUACGUCUUCGGUCCUCCUCCUCAGAACCACGCUACCUCGUCCCUUCCACAACACGGCUUUGCGCGUAACAGCACUUGGGAAUUUUUGGGCAAGUCGUCAUCGGAAUCCCUAGGCAAGGAUCGCAGCGGAGAUGGCUCCGUCAAACUUGACUUCGGCCUCUCCCGUCCCAUGCUCACAGAAGAUUUCCAGAAGGCCUGGCCAUACGACUUUGGACUGGUAUAUAGUGUUACUCUGACCAAGGAGAGUCUGGAAACGUAUCUCCAGGUUCAGAACAAGGGUAGUCAGAACUUUGACUUCCAGGUGCUGAUGCAUACGUAUCUCAAGAUCGACGACAUCUCCGACAUCCGCGUCAAGAACCUCGAAUCCAAGACCUAUGUCGAUAAAACACAGAACGCUGCCGUCAUCACCGAAACUUCCCCUGCCGUUGAGAUCAACAAGGAAACCGACCGCGUAUACCAGUCAUUGGACCCCAAGGUGCCUAUUGUUGUUUCGUCCGCUAGUGACGAUAAUCCCAUCUUCGCGAUUACCAGGGAAGGAUUGAAUGAUGUCGUUGUGUGGAACCCGUGGAUUGAGAAGGCCAAGGGCAUGGCCGACUUUGGCCCGGAUGAGGCAUACAAGAACAUGAUCUGUGUUGAAGCAGGCUCCGUGGCUGGAUGGCAGACUUUGGAGGCUGGUGACUUCUGGGAAGGCGGACAGACCAUCCGACCGAGGCUGUAGAGGGGUUCAAUCAAGACUUGACUUUUACGAUAUAUGGGUAGAUAGCUGGCGGCAU